AUGACGGACGGCCCCGCUGAUAGCAACAGCCUUAGCGCCACUGAUAACAACAGCCUUAGCGCUACUGAUAACAACAGCCUACACACCACUGAUAACAACAGCCUAGACACCACUGAUGACAACGGCAUAAGUACUACUGAUAACAACAGCCUAGACACCACUGAUAACAACAGCCUUAGCGCUACUGAUAACAACAGCCUAGACACCACUAAUAACAACAGCCUCGACACCACUGAUGACAACGGCAUAACCAGCCCUGGGGACAACAGCCUAGACACCGCUGGUGUCAAUAUCAUAGACACUGCUAAUGACAACAGCCUAGAAACUGCUCUAGAAAACAGCCUAGUAGACACUAGUAACAACCUAGACACCCUUAGUGACAACAGCACUGCUGAAGACAACCGCCUAGCCAACGCUUGCGACCACAGCCUAGAAAACCCUAAUGACAACAGCCAUGCCACCGCUGAUGACAACAGCCUAGGCACCUCCGAUAACAAAAGCAUAGGUACCAUUGAUAACAACAGCCUAUGCACCACUGAUAACAACAGCCUAAACACCGCUGGUAACAACAGCCUAAGAAACGCUCAUUACAACAGCCUAUGCUACACUGAUGACAACAGCCUAGAUAUAGCUUAUAACGAAAGCAUUGAAACCACUGGCACUGCUGAUGACAACAACAUAGACUCCAUUGAUAACAACAGCUUAGGCACUGCUGAUAACAACAGCCUAUGCAUUGCUGAUAACAACAGCCUUAGUACUGCUGGAAACAACAGACUAGUCAACGCUGAUGACAACAGCCUAGCAACCGCUUGUGACAACAGCCUAUACACCCCAGGUGACAACAGCCUAUACAUCAUUGGUGACAACAGCUUCGUUGAUAACAACAGACUUAGUAUCGCUGAUAACAACAGCCUUAGCACCGCCGGUGACAACAGCCUAGGCACCGCUGAUGCCAACAGCCUAGUCAACGCUGAUAACAACAUCCUAGACAUCGUUGGUGACAACAGUAUAGACACCAUUGAUAAGAACAGCCUAUGCACUGCUGAUAACAACAGCUUAUGUACAACUGAUAACAACAGGAUAGACACCGCUGAUGACAACAUCAUACACACCGCUGAUGACAACAUCAUACACACUGCUGAUGAUAACAGAAUAUGCAUCGCUGAUAACAACAGACUCAGUACCGCUGCUAACAAAAGCCGUAGCACCGCCGGUGACAACAGCAUAGAUACCGCUGAUGAAAACAGCCUAGUCGACGCGGAUAAAAACAGACUAGACAACGAUGGUGACAUCAGCGUAGGCACCGCUGAUGUCAACAGCCUAUGCAACACUGAUAAAAACAGCCUAGGCACCGCUGAUGACAACAGCAUAGGCACCGCUGUUGACAACAGUCUAGCCACCGCUGAUAACAACACUCUAGACAUCGCUGGUGACAACAGCUUAGGCACCGCUUAUGACAACAGCCUAUGCACCACUGAUAAAAACAGCCAAGGCACCGCUGAUGACAACAUCAUAGUCACUGCUGAUAACAGCAUCAUAGUCACCGCUGAUUACAGCAGCAAUAACAUAGCCGAUAACAACACCCUAGACACCACUGAUAACAGCAGCCUUACCAUCGCUGAUAACAAUAUCCUAGCAACCGCUGAUAACAUCACUCUAGACACCGCUGGUGUCAACAGCCUUAUCGUCGCAGAUAACAACAUCCUAGUCACCGCUGAUCACAGCAGCAUAGUCACCACUGAUAACAACAGCCUUACCAUCGCUGAUAACAACACCCUAAACACCGCUGCUAACAACAGGCCUAGUCACCGCUGA